UUGGCCAGCGCGGAAGAAUUUCGCAUAUCCGGAACCGCAAUCGCAAACGCAGACUCGAAAAUCAAAGCGAAAUCGAAAUUUUAAUUUAUAUUUCGGCUAGCCCAACAAAUAAAUUAAUAAACAAAUCCAGUGUAUGUGUUGGGGUGUGUGUGCCUGUGCUUUGUCUCAAUGAUAUGCCAAACUAAAUAAGCCACGAAAAGUUUUCCAUCCAGUUUUUUUAUUAUUAUUAUUACCAUCGAAGUCGAAAAUAAGUGUCAAUUGAAUUAGCGUCUCGACGGGCAAAAAUUAAAUAAAAAUUAUUUAAAAAAAAUAAGAGAAAGAUUAUCAAGGCGCUUCAGGUGAUUGGCGAUUGUCAGCUCGCAGACACUCCGAUCUGGGCCAGUGUUGGUGUUUCUUCAGUAGAGAGCCACCUGUGGCUCCUCCUUCUCCGCAACUUCAGCCGCCCAACUUUUCCAUCGAUCCUCGAACAGCUAACUACAAUUCACAGCUCGUGUGACAACAACAAUAAAAACAACGAUAGUAGAAAAACAAACAUAGAAAGCAAGAACAACAAAAGCGAAAGCAAAAAGCCAGAACAAAAGUGAAAAAAAGGAGCAACCGCAGAACAGGGCGGCGGACAUGGCGUAUACGCAAUGCGCAGCAUGUGUUAUUACUAUCGCUGCUACUGCCACGGCCACCUCGAGUCAAUUAAGAAUUUCACACGCCAGCGGACAAUUUAAUUGAAGUUCGUUCACCACUCCUUGAAUAUCUCACUCCGCCCAUCAAUUAAGCUCGGAGGCAUCAGCCCCUCAAAUACUCGAUCGGUUCAAGAACACAGAUAUAUACAUAGAUAAACAAACCAAUCAAAAUGCAAGAAAUUCGAUAUUUAUCAAUCACCGAUUUUACCUACAACGUCCCACUGGUACCGGUCCAUGCCGCUGCCACGAGCAAGGAGCACAAGGAUUCCGAUAGCCCCAGCUCCGAACUGAAUGUCCCCUACACCGUCUUCGAGGUUCUUGUGGCCAUUGUCAGCAUCAUCGGCAAUGUCCUGGUGAUCAUUGUGUUCCGACGAGAGCGAAAGCUGCGGCGGCGCACCAACUACUACAUAGUAUCCUUGGCCAUGGCUGAUUUCCUGGUGGGCAGUCUGGGAGUUCCUUUUGCCAUCUUGGCAUCGAUCGGGCUGCCGCGAAAUCUUCACGCCUGCCUCUUCACCGUCUCACUCCUAGUAGUCCUGUGCACUAUAUCAAUAUUCUGCCUGGUGGCCGUGUCCGUGGAUCGCUACUGGGCCAUCCUCUAUCCGAUGGCCUACUCCAGGAAUGUGCGCACUCGAACGGCGAUUUUCAUCAUCUCGAUGUGCUGGGUGGCUGGGACCAUAGUGGGCUUCCUGCCACUUUUCGGCUGGCACAACAAGGAUGUUGGCCACAACCAGGAGUGUCUCUUCGUCGAGGUGAUGGACUACGACUAUCUGGUCUUCCUGUACUUUGCCACCAUUAUUACUCCGGCCCUGCUGAUGUUGGCUUUCUACACUCAUAUCUAUCGAGUGAUUAUAAAACAGGUUCGACAGAUUGUGACCAUGAAUCCCGCCUCCGAUCUUAGUCGGCGUUCCUCGGCAGCUGCCGUGCAAGUUACGGCUGCUCCUGGCCGAGGUGGGCAUGCCGGAACAAUGCUGAGGGUGUUAGGCGCAGCCCGGAAACGGGAUGUCAAGGCCACCCAGAACCUGUCCAUCAUAGUGCUCUUCUUCAUGAUCUGCUGGAUUCCGCUCUAUACGAUCAACUGCAUCAAGGCCUUCUGUCCGGACUGUUAUGUGCACCCCAAGCUAACCCUAUUUUGCAUAAUCCUGUCCCACUUGAACUCGGCUGUUAAUCCAGUUCUGUAUGCCUAUCACCUCAAGGAUUUCCGAGCGGCGUUGAAGAACCUACUGCUGCGCAUGAUGGGCGUGGAUAUCGACCAGCAGGCGGAGGCUAUACACCGGUUUUCGAUGGCCAGUCAGCACAGACUGCAGUCGAUGGACUCCAAUAUGCGCUCCACGCAGCCGCGCCUCUAUGUGGGUGAGUAUUCCCCCAUCUGGCUGAGGCAGCAACAGGAGGCCCUAAAGAACUCGCAGCUCCUGCCGAAAUGCGGAGUCGUCUCCCCCUGUUUCAACAACAUCAACCAAACAGUGGCCGCCGUGGCUUCUGUCACUACGGAUAUUGAACGGGAGAUGUGGAACAUUGUAGAGGCCUCCAGUGGUGCGGAAGUGGGCGAGACCAGCUAUGAGUUUCCCUCUCCAGCCCCCGCCUCGCAGCACAGCAGCGAGCGGAAUAGCAGCUCCACGGUGCCACCAGCACCACCUCCGGCCAACAACUCCCUUCCGUCCGCCUCGUACGACAACCACAACUACAGCUUUAGUCAGGAUGAGGAUGAGUAUGAGGACGAUGAUGAUCUGGAAUUCGAGGACGUCUUUGUACCGCCAAACUCCACAACACAGCAUGGGGUGGAUCCUGAGGAACUGCGACGCUCCCUGGCUUUGGUGAUGAGGGAAAAGCUUCGGUCCGACGACACCGAUUCCAGGCCAGUGGGAACUCUCGAGGAAUUAAUCACAGAUUCGGAGCACAAGCCAGACAGACCUCUCUCCAUCCAGACUUCGCCCAUUAAUGGACCGCUGCCAGCCUUGCUUCGCGCCAAGCUCUUUGCUGGAAACUCCAACAGUGCACACUGCCUACCAGUAUCCACUCCAGCACAGUCCCAGGAUGCAGGAGUCUUUGUCAUCGACAGCGAAGCAAGCCCUGGAGUGGCAGGACACAAGCCCAAGUAUCGGAAAGGCACAGCAUUAACCAGGAGCUCGCUUAAGAAGAGCAGAUCCUGCAAUUGUAAUGCCAUCGCCAAAGGAAGAACUGGCCACGAGGAUCAUAGCGAGCCCAGAGAGCCCUCCUCGCAGCAACCACAACCGCCCCACCCUCCCCCGGAGCACUUCUUCAGUCCGCUGCGUUCAGUGGGAAACUUCAUGCAGCAUUCCAACCUGUUCCACCUCUUCCAGCCGCAUGCCCCUAAGGCCACCUCAUCCACGGCCUCCUCGGUAGCAUCCUCACCCACUCCCACCCCCUCGCCGCCUCCCGCUCCGCAAGCGACUGUCACCACAGUUCCUGGACUAACCAACUCGUCGCCCUCCCUGCUGGCAACCAGUGCCGAAAGUUGACCUCCAACCAGGGCAGAGAUGGAGAAGGAUCAGUCAAGGCGGGAGACGGGUCAGGACUAGGCUUCCACCCACACAGCCCUCUUAGCAAAUACUCGCAAGUCAAAGCUUUUACGUUAAGUACUUUCAGCUCUCAUUAGUUCUCUGUCCCGCCUCGCAUCCAGGCGGAAAAGUUGUCAAAUUCUAUCGGAUCUAGAUCAAUUAGUUGGAUAGUGACAGGAUAUACCUAGAGAUUAGGAGUUUUGCGCAUUUAUUUUACGAAUGACUUUCCACUACGUUUCUAUGGAGUAGCUAAUUAUGUACAUAAUGUUAAAUGUUGUUAGAGUAUUUUGCAGUGUAUGUGCUCUUACUGUUAUGUGUACCGUACAUACAUAUAUCUCUGUAUGUAGUAACUAUAUGUCUGUUUUACGUAAUACCUGAACGUCUGUGAAAACCAAGUUAAGCCAUGCGAAAUGAAUUUCAAAGUUGAGGUUAAAUAAAUCGAUUAUAAAUUAA